AUGAGGAAGACACAGAGAUCCAAAAUAGUUUGGAAAGCAUCCUGGUCUGGUGCCCGAGGCCUGAAAAGUAAUGGUGGCUGGGAUGCAGGAGAGCUCCAGAAUGAGGGACAGCCAGACGAUGAGAGACAAACCACAGAUGAGGGACAACCAGCAGAUGAAGGGAAGAAAGAAAAGCAAGGCAAGUUCGAAGCUGAGGGAAACCCACUCAAGAAGGGCAAGCCAGAGUCCCAGGCAAAGUCAGAGAGCCAGUCGUGUGCUGCUGAAAAGCGCCCUGAUGAAGAUUAUGUGCCCCAGAAGGCAAAAAGAAAAACGGACAGGACGAUGGAGGAUUCCCCCAAGGACUAUCAGGACAACUUACAGGAAAGGUAUCUGGGAGUUGAGGAGAUGCUGAAAGAAUGUGGAGAUCUGUCAAGGGCUCAGCUUGAAGAGCUAAGGAAAAGACAGAAAAUGGGUGGAUUUCAUUGGAUACAAAGAGAUGUACAGGGUCCAUUCACCCCAAGGGGGCAAGAAGGUGUCAAGGGAAUGAGGGGAGGAGGGAGGAGCCAAAGGGGCUUACAUGAUAUCCCAUAUUUUUAAUGCCUUGGUAUUUGAUUCUGGUUUCUUUGAUGAGAAUAUCACUGACCCUGCUUUCCCUGGCAGUCACUUGCCAGGCUAUGUGCUUUAUCCUCAAGCUGAUACUUUGCUUUAGGUGUCACUGUCCUUACCAGCAGCCAUUUGCUCCAACUACAGUGCUCUAUGUUUCAGUAGGGGGUUUUCACCCAUGUUCAUGAAAGAGAUGUUCAUGGUACACUGUAAAAAGAACAAUAAAAAAACAUUUUUC